AUGGAUCAAGCGAUGCUUGAGAAAACGAAGAACGACAAGAUUUUAGCACGAUUCGUCAAGAAGGGCGGCGAGAUCGUUAAGAAGCUGGCUAAAACGGUCCUCGACAACGCGGCUUUGGUGACAAAGAACAAGGCCGAAUUAGCCAAACCCGCUCCCAAAGAGAGCCUUCCGCAGGGGACCGUUAGAAAAGAGCAGCCUGAACCGUCUUAUCCUCAGGUCGUCAUCCGCAACUCUGCACCCCUAGUCGCGAAGAAACGGGCGCGGGAAGGCGAGGAUAGCAAUAGCCCUGCACCAAAACGAGUGGUCUCACCACCCAAUAUAAAACCACUUUCCAGGCUUCUACCGGCUACCACAAACACAACACAGCGCGGUGCUGCUGGGAAUGACGGGAAACCAGCAUCGCACAAUGUGAAUGCGCCCAAUAAACCAAAGGCCAACAUCGUUACCCCGAAACCCACUCCUAGCCUAUUCAGUAGUCUGAUGUCUGCCUCAAAAAAGCCUGGCACGUCAAACGCGGCCCGCGCGGCGGCGGCGGCGGCGGCUAAAGAGAAAGCAAAAACCGAACAAGAGACGGCGCGUCCUCCGCCUAGGCCAACAUUUUCGUUUGCUGAAACCUUGGCCGAUCUCAGCAAGCCCAAAAAGCCAGAGGUGGCAAAGCCUGUGGAGGAGCUACCACCGGAAUCGGAGGAAGAGAAGGCUAAGAGGCUCAGAAAGGAGGAAAGGCGCAGGCUUCGAGUCUCGUGGAAGCCCGACGAGACGCUCGUCGAAGUUCGUCUAUUCACCCAUGAUCCAGAAGAAGAAAUCGGCAGGGAUGAUAGUGCUAGGCGCGAUUUGAGUGACCUUGCAGGUGAAGGUCGAACGCUCAAAAUGCAUCGUGGCCUUGAUGAUCUAGAUGAGGACGACGACGAUGAUAUGUUACCUUACCAUGCCCCUUCAGAAGUUGAUUUUACCGUCCUUGAGGCCAGUGACCGCUCAAGGAACUUUUUUAAAACCGGCGGUGAAAUUGCACCAAAGAGUCCUGCCAAGGAAGAACAAGAUCAAAGGGAAUCCAACACUUUGAGCGUCUUCUACGCGUCUCCCGAUGAUGUUCCCAUAUCUCCCAAGGAACCAUCCGUUCUUGACAAAGAAGAAGAAUCAUAUGAGCCUGAAGAUGACUUUGGACAACCCAAUGACCAGGUCCAGGCCCGCUCUGCAAAGUAUUUUGCCGCAAUGGCUGCUAUAGCAGCAAAAGCCGCUGGUACUAAAGUUGGGAAGCCGCCGACUCCACCAGCCGCUACAGUAUCCUCAGCAACCAGCUCACAUACUCCCGCCCAAAUGGACAUCACCAGCUUACUUAAAGUUCUGCAACAAAACCCGUUGUCGCAAAGCCAAACGCCUCAACAGCUCCCUCAACCCCAGUCCAAUACUUCCGACCUCGAAAGGAUUUUCAAUCAAUUUCGCGAACCUAAUCAAACGCCUCUACAGCAGGCCAGCCAAGUACCCCAAAUGAACACUGCCCCCACCGCUCCAGGCCUCGACUGGCAAAAGUUGCUUAACGUGGUGACCUUACAAAAGCAAAUGCAACAAGCUCCGAGCUUUCCCCAAAUUCAAGCCACCCAAGGCCCUGAUCUUGCUGCCGUUUUGGCCCAAUUGAAUCCUGGAGGGCAACAAGGACAACAGCAACAAAUGGCUCAGCCGCUCGAAUUUAGUCAGCAAUCUGUAGCAACACCAUAUGAGAAUCCAGAGCGCAAGCGGUACCGUGAAGGUGCAGAAAGCCAUGAGGGAGACGACAUUAGCUACGGGUAUAACAAACGCUUCAAAGCUAAUGGCGAAUCUGGCAAGUCUAAAAAACAUCAUAAAUCAGGGCUAGUUCCUUGUCGAUAUUGGAAAGAAGGCAAAUGCCUUAAAGGCGCAGACUGCACUUUUCGACACGAUCUCACCGACUGA